UUUCCACGCAUCGCCCCCCACGGCGCGGCGGCGCCACACUCUUCUGCCCACUGCGCCUCGUGGGCCGUGCGCGCGCCUCGGUCCACGAGCUGCGCCCCCUUCCCUCUCUUGGACGCCCCCCCCUCCCCCCUCUCGGCCGCGCCCGCCUGGCCGGGCCAUGGCGCAGGCUCGGCCCGCGGCCGAGGCCUUCGAGGCCCACCUGCAGGCCAUCACCGGGGCCCUGGACCUGCAGGCGGGCCUGGUGCGCGGCGCCCUCGGCCUGCACCCGGCGCCCUCGCUCGUGGACUUCCGGGCGGCGGAGGUGUCGAUCGGCAGGCUCAGUGCGGCCAUCCGAGAUCUCCGGUCCGACCUCCUCGCGGCCACCACCGCCGCAGGCUCUGGGGAGCCUCAGGCGGCCACCGCCGUCGAGGCCCUGGCCAGCAAAGCCUACCCGAGCUCCGCCACCAGGGCAGCAUCGAUCGCCGGCCUCGACCUCUCGUGCAGCACCGGCAGCCGCAGCAGUGUCUCCAGCCAGAACGGGAGGUCCAUGCAGCGCAUACCAGCAGUGAGUGAAGAAGACGGAGACGUCACGCCCGUCACGCCCGUCACGCCCAUGGUGUUGAACUCCAGGCCGUCUGAUUCUCUCGCAAGCGUGAUGGAAGGCGUAGCAGAGAACGGGGCAUACGAUCGCUUCAAGUUGUUCUCGAACGAUUCAGUAGACACAAUAUUCCUUAACCGAGCGAGCGUCACGUCGGUGAAGGGCGUAUCAUACCAAUAUAACUCUGCAUGCAUCGGCGGCUCACUGAACCCAGACUGGUCUCCAAGGCUGUCGUGGGACUUGCUGAUCAUGUUUCUGGUCCUGUGCGACUGUGUGGUGCUCCCGUUCCAACUGGCCGAAUUCCGUACGGACCCACGGUUCGAUCAAUUCUGGCUUUGGCUCACGGUCACCGUCUUUGUCUGCGACUUGGUGCUGAAUUUCUUCACUGGGUACCACGCGGGCAAGAAGGAUGAACACCUACAGGAAGGAACCCUUGUCACCGAGAGGGGCAGCAUUGCAGCCCAUUAUCUCCGUGGAUGGUUCUGGGUUGAUUUUCUCAGCGCUGUGCCGUGGUCUGUCAUUGCUGUUGCAUUCAGUUCGAACGGUGAGACAGAUGGGUCAUCGGCUGGCCAAGUGACGAAGUUGGCGAAGAUUAUUAAGUUGACGCGACUUCUAAGGCUGAUGAGGAUGCUGCGUCUCUACAAAGUGUCGGUCGUCUGGGAGCGCAUCGAGAGCCGGAUCGGGUCUAUCGCCGCCUUGAACGGGGUGAGUUUGUUGAAGGUCCUUGGCGUUUGGACCGCAAUCUGCCACUGGGGCGCUUGCGUUUGGUGGAUGGUCGGCAAGAGAGACAGUUUGGUGAUGCUCCUCACGAUGCAGAAUGACGUUCCGGAGGGGCUCCACUGGACGGAGCUGCCGCGCGUGCACAGCGCUUACGAUGACUUUGGACCCUGGAGGUGGGUAGACAGGCCUGCGUCGGAGCAGUACGUCUUCUGCUUCUAUUGGGUCCUUGGCGUGAUGCGCACCAUGCCAGCCGAGGUCACACCCGUCAACCUGACGGAGAGGAUAUUUGUCCUUCUCUUCAUGUUCUUCGCCGUCAUGGCCUUCGCCGUCAACGUCACACGCAUCACGCAGGCCUGGUUCCGGUUCGGCGCGCGUAAGGACUCUUUCAAGGAGGAGAUGGCUUGCGUACGCAUGCACUUGAACACGAUGAAUUGUGGGAAUGCGCUGCAGCUGCGUGCGCAGGCGUUCCUGAAGCACCUCUUCGACAGGAGGAAAAUCCACGCCAAAGAACUGGGCCUGCUGAAUACCAUGCCCGAGGGGCUGAAGAGGAAGCUGAGGCACGCUCAGAGAAUCCAUCACCUGAGGAUGGUUCCGCUUCUCCGUGAGUGGCAGAAGCAGGCCCUGCAGCAUGUCUGUGACCAUGCCACCGAGGUCGUGGACUACCUGCCAGGCGACAAGCUGACUACGAAGAACAGUGAGGCCGAGGCCGCGUACGUGCUCAUGCGGGGCGGCCUGCAGAUCGCCAAUCCGCGCAAGCACCGCCUCAGCGAAGACAGCUCUGCAACGGGGAUGCUGACGAUGCUCUGGCGAAUGUCGGUGACGUCGAACCAGGACUGCGAACGCCUGACGGUUGUGGACGACCACUGCCUCGUCCACGAGACGGUGUCUCGAGACACUGUGGUGGUGCUGGAGUGCUCGGAGGUGCUGCGCAUAGACAGGCUGGCCUUCAAGGAGGCGCUGCAGGCGCUGCGCUCUCGGCACCAGCAGGCGCAGGAGCUCUACCGCGCGGAGGAGAUGGCGGUCAUGCGCAACAGCUUGUGCACGGAGGACUCCAGUCCGAGUGCAGGGGCCGUCAGUGCGGAGUGCGGGGGGUACGCGGGGACCGUCGGUACGGAGUGUGGGGGGUACACCCUGACGCGGCCUGCGGGCCAGUCGGGCCUGUCGAAGCGGUCGCACCUGUCGAGCGCCUCCGCAACCAGCGACGUCCAUUCCUUCCCGGAGGGCGAUGACCCGGCCAGGCUCGAACGGCCCCGCGGCUUCUUCGAGGGCACCGCCCCAGCGCGCGGUUAAUGUAGGCAGAGAGCGAAUACCUCUCUGAAAGCCUCCGCGCAUCACGACGUCGGAGGUUCGGAGGGAAUGGGAUCGCAGGCGUAGAGGUUGACACCAGCAUCAAUAUGGGCGGUGCCCCUCCACCGAGGGAAGAAGAUCCCGAUCUCGGUGA